GCGAAAGCGUCAUCGGGAUCGUUGCCCCCGCGGUCGCGUGACCCGCUGGCAGACGAGAACUUGGCGCAGCUAGAACGUUAUUUGCCGCUCUUCAAGGAGCUGGACCUCAACGUGCUGUUCAUUUACUGGAUCGAUCCGAGCAAGAAUCACAAUGCUGCGAUGAAGCUGCUCGCUGAUGCAGGAAUCUACGUUCUCGUUGCCAUCGCCGACCCGAGCCACGCGAUUAAUCGUGCCUCACCAGUCGCAUCAUACACGGUAACCAACCUACAGCACUACUUCCGCGUCGUGGACGACAUGGCACGCUACAGCAACACGCUGGGACUCGUCGUCGCGAACGAGGUCGUCAACGAUCACCGGUCCACGGCGGCCGUGCCGCAGGUCCUGCGGGCCGUGACGCGGGAUCUGAAGCGCUACAUGCGUCUCCAUGCCGAGCUUGACGGUGAGGAUGCCGUGCGGGACAAUCAGCGCGGAGACGAGGCAGGCAACAGUGCCCUCGCGGGCGAGGCGCGGCAAUGGACAAGACAGAAAAUAUCAAGUCCGGGGAUGGGGAGGAGGAGGCGCGUCUUGCCGCUGGGGUACUCGGCGCCUGAUGUGGCCAUGCUGCGCGUGCCGAUGUUUGAGUACUGCAUCGCCGGCCCGGAGGAGGAGGCUAUGGACUUUUACGCGUUUAAUAACUUCUCGUGGAUGGGCGAAUCCUCGAUCGAGAUAUCCGGCUGGAAUCACCUCGAACGAGCGUUUUCUAGGACACCGGUGCCGGUUUUCUUCUCAGAGUAUGGCGCCCAAUGCGGCAAACCCCGUAUAUUCCGGGAGACUGCCACCGCGCUGUACACUCCCGCCAUGACUCGCACGUUCUCGGGAGGGAUAGUGUAUGAGUUCCUGAUGGGCAAGAAUUUGUACGGGCUGGUGAAGUUGCGGCGGCUGCGGCCCCGUGCUAUUAGUGAGGGCCACGCAGAACGACUAGACUCGGAAAGAGAGGAGGCGAAGAAUACGCAACAGAGCACAGAAGCCAGCCAGCCAGGUCUGGGCAGCAUCCAAACCCACGUGAGCGACCAGAAGGGCGAGAGCAGCGAGAACGUUCCUGUCGCCGAGGACGACAAGGGCUCGGUCCCCAGGACCGGACUUGGCGGCUACGUGGAAGCCGACAGGAAUUCAGACGAUGCGGGCGUCAUCGAAGUCCUUCAGAAAUUUCCCGAUUUCGAAAACCUCCGGAAGGCCCUCAUCGCGUGUCGGCAACUCCGGAACCCGCCACCCGCGCUCCCUUCACCAAAACUGGAACGCCCUAUUAUCGACAGCGAUUCUGGUGACUCUGCUGUGGACAACUCCGCGGCAGGAAACCGCGAGACGACUGGAGGCCAGCCGACAGCUACAGAAAUGCCUGCAGUGCUCACGAGGCCGGCUUUCCCACCGAUGAGCCGCUCAUGGCUCGCGAACUCGGAAAUCCCGCCCAGUCCGCUGGACUGGACCGAGGUGAAGGCGCAGAUCAUGGCUGAUGGGGAAUGGGUUGAUGUGGCCGAGCUUGUGGCUGGGAUGAGUCUCGGUGGGAAUAGUGAUGAUUGAGGAGGAGGCUGGGGUUCGCGAUAGGCACGGCAACCACGGGAUGGGAACAUGAAGUGAUCAGAUAAUUGUGGACGAGGUUGAUUUGGAAAAUGCUAUGAUGGCGGUGCUACACGACCAUAGCGUGACCUCUAGCUCUGGACGUCGGAAUGAUGCUCAGGAGUACU